UGCGCGGUGAAAAGCAGCUCUCACCAACCCUCAGCCCUCUCCUUCCCUCCCUCCUUGCCAAGACUCUGAAUCUCCUGGAUCCUGGGCUCCUUAUUUCACCUCUCCUCGGGAAAAAUGGAUUCCAGGGGGCUGUCAGAGAUGCAUUUCUCCAAAAAGAUCUUCGCCACAGCUUUGUGUGUCUUAGUUUUGCUGCCAGGUCCAGGCUGUGCUAGGAAUCUCUGGAAACGUGCUCUGCAGCUGAAAAUGACUGAGAAAUAUGAUGAUUAUGAGUACCCUCUUCAUUCUCACAGUUCCCACUACCAGAAGAACGACCGCUGCCCACCUCCCCCCCAGACCUUGCCUGACAGAGCCUGCGAGGUCCCCAGCUGCCGCUCCGACUCCGAGUGCGAACGCCACAAGCGCUGCUGCUACAACGGCUGCAUCUACGCCUGCCUGGAGUCCGUGCAGCCCCCCCCAGUUUUAGACUGGUUGGUUCAGCCCAAGCCGCGCUGGCUGGGAGGAAAUGGGUGGCUUCUGGAUGGCCCAGAGGAAGUCUUACAAGCUGAGGCUUGCAGUACCACUGAGGAUGGAGAUGAGCCUCUGCACUGCCCCACAGGCUAUGAGUGCCACAUCAUCAACCCUGGUAACGUGGCUGAAGGGAUCCCUAACAGGGGGCAGUGCAUCAAACUCCGUGGAAAUCCAGAUGGACGCAACCUGAGGCAUAAGUAUUACAAGGAAUAUUUUGGAAGCAAUUCCAACAACGUGGUUGGCUAUGUGAAAAACCAGCAGAAGCAUUUAGGUUAAUCAAAAGUGUGCCUGGCUGGACCACUCUGUUAAACAGCUGUCAAGGAAUGCUUUACCCACCAGUUUUCUAGCUUUGGAAAAAUUCUGGUCCCAAAUCUCCACGAGCACAUCUCCAGCAGUCCCUGAUCCCAGUGAUAAAAGGACUUCUCUGCCCAAGGAACAGGAUGAGCCCAGAUUUAAGCCUCUGAGCACGGGGAGAAAUAUGAUCCCCUGAAAGAAACCACACCAUUUAUCAGCUGCCCUUCUACUGAUGAAAUGUAAAUACCUCUGAGCAGAUCCCUGUAAGCCCCAGCACCAUUACCAGCUGCUGGAACAGAACCUGCCCUUUUCGUGCUUAUUAUGUGACUGAUUCAGAUUUCACAGCCAUGAGCAUAACUCAGUAUUGUGGAAGUGAUGUGAUGCCAGAAUUCUCCCCAGAUAUCAUAGUUCAGCUGCAUUAAAACAGGCAAGAAUUUAAAACUAAAGGGACUCUCAAAUCUAGUACCUGCUUCUCUGAAACAACAACUUCCUAUAAGCCUUUUCAUAAAGUAAAACUUUGAAGAAGCCUGCAGGUUUCUUCUUUUCCUAUUCAUACCAAGGAUUCAGCAGAUUUGACACUCAGUCUGCAAGCCUAAACCUGAAAUCUUAAGAAUUUGAGGAAUUCUGAGGUAGGAGCAAAACAGGUUUUGUAAAUUUGUUUUUAAAGUUACUUCCCUUGAGCUUCCCAGUCCAGUGAGUGACAGAUGGAGAAGUAAAGAUGGAACAGAUUUCUUUCCACAAUGUCCAGACACACAUCUGCCAGUCUUUUUAAGUUGCUGGUUUCAGCCAGCACAGUUAACAGUCACAAAAUGUACAUUUUAACCUGCAAAACCUCAGCAAGAGGACUAAAAGUCUGCAUGAUUUGUUGCACAUAUUCGAAAAGGAAAAGCAGGAUAAAUUUGUGUGAUGAAAAGGACUGUCUGACAAGUGGGCAACUGCUCUUUAGGAGUCCUGUGCCUUUAUGUUGACUUCCAUAAACCCUUGAGGUCAUUUUAUUUGUAUUUGGGCCUUACAGCUUCUUUUGGCUCUUUAGCAUCAUAAAAUGGAAAGCAUUUUCUCUGAAUUUUCUCCUUUUCUGUGGCAGUCCUAAAGGGACAGUUGUGUUUCAUUUGGACAAAUCUCCCAGAACUGCCAAGCAAAUGAAUGCCAUGUUUGCUCCCUUGUUUAGUACAUGUCCUCAUCUGCAUGCAUAAAAUUAGCAUUUUAAUAUGCAGAGUAGUAGUGGUGCAUAUAAAUACCCAGCUCACAAAUACAGGUGCCUGCUUCCACCCACAAACUAAGGGAUUUUUUUCCACUCAUCCACAUGUUUUAAGCCAAAGCUAAAAUGCCCAUAAAGCACUUGAUGCUUUGCAUAUGAUGUUUGCAGCUGGAGAGAUGAAAGAUGCCAAACUGCUCCUGUUUCCUAUCACAGUCACACUCGGUGAUGUGUUACACAGCAAAGGAACAGAUGAAGGGCUCCACUUUUUCCUAAAUAUCUUCAUUUGUUGAACUCCAUUUGCUUCUCUCUGCUUUUGUUCCAAGUUCUAGGUAUGACAACACCGUAUUCAGGUUUAUUUCUAGAAUUUUACCAUAUAAAACUUCAUGCAAUGGUAUCUUAACACCUACUGAGAGACAGGAAUUCAUCCAUAUUUUAUAGCCAAAAUCUCAGUUUAGGCCAGAAGAUUGCUGCUUUCCCACUGAUACUACUUGACAAAGCAAUGCAGCUCAUCAUGAAAGUCUCAAUGUAACCUUGUUGCUCAGUGGAUUGAUUUUUUCCAGCAUUACUUUCUGCAGAAAAAUUCCAUUUAAAUGAGCAAAGCAUUUCAAUGGUUACUGCUAAGGCCUAAAGAAUAAGUGCUAAAUUUUUCUAUUUUAAAAGUAAGAAAGAAGAAAUGAUACCUAAGAACCUGUGAGGAUCUAGUUGAAAUGCUUGUGUUGAGCAUUAGCAAAUUUUCAAGAUUAAAAACUUCAUACCAAAGCAUCAUAAAAUAAACUUGAGUGGACACAACCACUUCAGUGACUGCUUUUCUGUAGCACAUACCUUCUUUGUGGUCACAUACCUGACCACCUUGCUGGAUGGGAUGGAAGAGAUAUUUUAUACUUGCAAAAAGAAUUUUUAAAAAGACAAUUGGUAAUUUAAUAACUUGGUGAAUUUCUGUUUACUGGGCGUUACCCAAGACAUCACCUUUCCUUGUGGUGCUGUAGUGCUUGAGGUUUGCAAUUUAAUUCUUUUCAAGUUAAUUCUUUUCAAGUUAUUAGUAGUCAAACUCCAAAGUGAAAGGCCCAGAAGAGACUUGUCUGAAAGCUGUGUUUUCACCACCAACAUCCAUCCCAAGCUCAAAAGAAAUCACAGACCAAGUGAGUUGCCCUCAGCUUCUCUUCUCUCCAAAGACAAAUGGCUUGGAAACAGCCUUGUGAAGCACAGCAACAAAUCACUAAUGUAGGUGCUUUUUCACUUUGAAGCAUGUUUGGUGCUAUAAUUAACUUUAUGUGUCUCACUGUGUGCUAGCAAUGCUCAUGCCCUUCAGGACCCUGGAGCUCUGCCCUGCAGCAGCCAAGGAUUUGUGGCAGCCCCAGGCAGCCCCUUCCUGGUGUGUGCCCCUGGUGCUUACACAUGUACAGGUUCUGCCACUUUGGUGCUCAAUAAAAAAAGU